AUACAUUAUAUAUAUAUAUAUAACAUGGUAACAACACUAUCAACGGAUGAAAUCAGAGAGGUUUGGGCGCAUAAUCUCGAGGAGGAAAUGGCCGUCAUCAGGGAUCUGAUCGAUGACUAUAAUUACAUCGCAAUGGAUACUGAGUUCCCAGGAGUUGUUACACGUCCAGUUGGAAUAUAUCGUUCGGCGGACUACCACUAUCAGACACUGAGGCUCAACGUCGACCUGCUAAAGAUCAUUCAGCUGGGACUGACCUUUGCAGAUUCCGAAGGGAACCUAUCUCGUCCGACUUGUACAUGGCAAUUCAACUUUAAGUUCAACCUAAACGAGGAUAUGUACGCUCAAGACUCAAUAGAUCUACUCUCGCGAAGUGGAAUAGAGUUUAAGAAGAACGAGGAGAAGGGUAUUGAUGUAUUGGACUUUGGCGAACUGCUGAUGUCGUCGGGUAUUGUGCUGAACGACCGCAUCAAGUGGAUAUCAUUCUCUAGCUCCUACGACUUUGGCUACCUGAUCAAGCUGCUCACAUGCUCGCCUCUGCCCCAGGAGGAGCCAGACUUUUUCGACCUGCUCCGCACCUACUUCCCAUAUAUAUACGACAUCAAGUAUCUGAUGAAGAGCUGCAAGAACCUUAAAGGUGGCCUAAGUGAACUGGCAGAGGAUCUAGAUAUAAAGAGGAUUGGACCACAACAUCAGGCUGGCAGCGAUUCAUUGCUGACGUGCACAACGUUCUUCAAGAUGAGGAAGAUGUACUUUGAGAACCAGAUCGAUGACUCAAAGUAUCAGGGCAUCAUAUGUGGAUUGGCCUCAUCGUUUUCACAGGAGGGACAUGGCGGCGGCGCCAGCAACAAUAGCAACAACAACAACAAUAGCAACAGCAACAACAACAGUAAUAGUAGUAGUAACAAUUAUAAUUAUAGCUAUGGCAAUGGCACCUACCACCCGAUGGCCGCCAACCAGAACCUCACCAACUCAUUUCUGCAAACCAUAUCCACCAACAUCAACAACACAUCAUCACCUUCAUCACUUUCCAAUCCACCAAACAUGAAUGGUCACAUCCAC